AUGACCAACGCAACCCUUCAGCAUGUAGCCGAUGAGCACCUCGACUUGCAAAAGCUUGCUCGUCAGAAAGAAUCUUACUUGGUGUAUCCCGAUACUACUUAUCCUGAGCUCGAGCCAUUUGACCAUGCUGAUCCUGGCCGUCUUGGUGAUCCCAAAAAGGCUUCUCUUUAUGACAAUGCUACAAAGAUCUUUGAUCUUACUCCUGGAAUUGGUACUGAGAUCCACGGCCUUCAGUUAUCUAAAUUGACUGAUGAGCAAAAGAAUGAUCUUGGCUUGUUGGUUGCCGAACGAGGUGUCGUUUUUUUCAGAGAUCAAGACCUUACUCCUCAUCAAGGUCGUAAGCUUGGUGAAUACUUUGGUCCACUACUUAUCCACAGUGUUCUCGGUCAUCCUCCUGGAUACCCAGAGAUUCUCACUCUCCUUAGUGGCGCAGAGGAAGACAAGAUUAUCAAAAACCUCUCAAACUUUGGUAGAACAUCGGAUGCUUGGCACAGUGAUGUCACUUAUGAAUUUCAGCCUCCUGGAUUUACCUUUUUGAAGAUCGAUACUUUGCCCAAGGUUGGUGGUGAUACCUUAUGGGCAUCUGGCUAUUCUGCCUACGACAAGUUGUCCCCAGCACUUCAGACUUUCCUUGAGGGACUUGAGGCUGUUCACUCUGGUGCACAACAAAUCAACGCUGCCAAAAUUGCCGGAGCAACUGUUCGCCGCCAUGAUGCAGAGCACAUCCAUCCAGUUGUGCGCACACAUCCAGUCACUGGUUUCAAGUCAAUCUACGUUAAUCCAGUCUUUACUCGCCGCAUUGUUGGCCUGAGCAAGCGUGAAUCUGAUACACUCCUCGACUUCCUUUACGAGCAUGUCUCUGGAGGACAUGACUUCCAGGUGCGCUUCAGAUGGGAAGAGAACUCAAUCGCUAUCUGGGAUAACCGUGUGACAUUCCAUUGCCCUAUUCCUGACUAUAUUGGUGGUGGAAAGCGUCAUGGAUGGAGAAUUACCGCACAGGCCGAGAGACCUGUAUUUGAUCCUAAUAGCAAGUCCAGAAAUGAAGAGUUUAGAAAGCGUGCCGCAGAGAAGAAUGGUAGUGCAUAA